AUGUCGUCGCUUACAGCACUGAUUAAAGGCAAGGCAGGGACGAGUGGCAAGAUCCCGACACUCAAGCUACUGGCCAGUGGCAAGGCCAAGGAAAAGCACAAGAAACGUCCAGAAGCCAAACCAAAGGAAGAUGGAGUUGCUGACGAUUUCAUUGAAGACCAUAUGAUACUACGACUACCUCCUGAUCAAGCAAACAAGCUGAGAAGCACUCUGAGAAAGAGCGAGGCACCACUUGACUUGUCCUUUUUCUUCUAUGAUACAAGAAAAGCUGUCAUUACUUAUGGAAAGGAAAAGUUUCGUGGAAAAGUCGUCGACUUGCCAUGCAUCAUUGAAGCGCACAAAACUUAUGACAAUCGACAAUUCUACAAAAUAUCAGACAUUUGCCAGAUGCUGGUAGUCGAAGGACCCAUCCAAGCUCCAGAUGAUGCUACAAUAUUGCGACCAUUGGAACGAAUCAAGGAUUUCAGACAUGACCAUGGUCUGACUCCUCCUAUGCAUUGGGUUCGCAAGCGACGAUUCAGGCCAAGAAUGCCCAUAUCUGCUAUUGAAGAGGUUGAGAAACAAGUCAUCAGAUUGUUGGAAGAGGACUUGCUAUCUGAAGAGAUUGAAAUCGGCAAGUGUCAUAAAACCAAGCAAAACCAAAGCACACACGCUCUAAAUGAGGGUCUUUUCAUAGAAUUAAGGUUCAUAUCAGACCUCGAUCAAGUCCGCAAUGAUGAUGAUGAAGAAGAAGAAAUACAACCACUACAUCAAGACGAAGAAGAUUACGACAUGGAUUACGCUCAACAACCAGACAACAACAAUAGUUAUAACAAUAACUAUGCCGCAUCAUUCCUCCCACAACAAAUCCAAGGACCGUACCAUCAACAACAAUACAACAUCCCACAACCAGCAUCUUCACCAGUAAACUCGAAUCGUGAAUCAGACGAUGAAGAUGAAGAAGAUGACAUGUUUGAUGCUGCUUUUGAUGAAGCAUUUGAAGGUGGUGAUGAUGACGAUAAUGCAGAUAAUGGAAGUGUAACUGGCGGAGAUGGACGUAUACAUCGACCACAAAGUGAGACUGGGUCUGCUGGUGAUUUGGAACAAUACGAGGAAGUUGAGAUUCAAUUUGAUGAACGUGGAGAAAAUGGGAUGAGUGAUGAUGAGUUUGAGCAAGUUGGUGAUGAUGACGUCGAUGGGGAAGAACGAGAUCAGAUACGACGAGACAUUAUGGAUUUGCAGUCUCGUGUUGACCGACGUGAUCAGGAGAUUGCAAAGACAGCAAAUCCUAUAUUGUUGAAACGAUUGGAAGAUGAACGCAGGAGCAUGGCUGAUGAGCUUAAUGAAAAAAAAAUUGCACUUUCAAACAUAGAAUAA